AGCGAGGCCCCCACCUGAUGAUACUGGGUAGUGCAGGCUGGGAGCUGGCUGACCUCUUGUGUCCUUCCCAGGCCAGACUCCAGCCCAUGCUGCCUUUGCCAAUUUUGAUGCCUUUGGGUGCAGCCCAGUAGCGUCGGCAUUUGGAGGGGCGUCGGUGCCAUUCCACACGCAGCCGACAGCCGCAGCCAGUCGGACAGUCCCAGGCGGUUACAGCUUUGCAGGGGGUGCUCAGGUGAGCGGCUUCGGCGCCUCCCCCUCCAGCCACCCUAGCAGUGGGAUCCCGGACAUGGGCGGAGCACCCAGCAGCCUCUUCGGGAGCCUGAGCCAGCCGGCGGCCCUGCCCCCGCCCGGCCCCGUGCCCGCCUACGGGGCCUACGCCAACCCCUUCGCCCCGCCUGCCGCCCCGCCCGCCCGGCCCAACACCAACCCCUUCCAGCCCAACGGCACUGUGCCAGGUUCCAGUUUUGAUGGGUUUGCUGCAGCCCAGUUGGGGCAGCCGGUCGGGAUCUCCACCAAUCCCUUCAUGACGGCAGCUCCGUCCCCGCCCUUCGUCAUCAAGCAUCCAGCCACCAACCCCUUCUUAUAGCGAGGUGCCCGGACGGCUGCUCUGGGCUGGAAGUGCCCAUCCCCACACCCGCCCCGCGCCGGCUUCUGGCUGUGCAGCCCUGACGCCGUGGGGAUGGGCUGGAACACGUGCUUUAACUACUGCAAUGGCUUCUAAGGGAACCGGCCCCGAGGAGAGCAGUUCUGGGCCCAGCACCGAGGCAUUCUGGGACUUCUAGUCUCGGUGGGGAUUUUUCAGCAGGGCAUGCUGGGAAAGUGGAGGGGGCGGGAAUGUGGGUCGGGGGUUAGCUGGCUCUUAAGCGGGGUUUGGGAUUCUGCCGGGCCUUGUGGUCCAGAGGGGAACCCUAGGGGAGCUGGAGGUGGGGCAGCAAUGCAUGCUGGGAAGAGGAGCCCUCUCUGCUUCUCCUCCCAAGCAAGAGGGGCUGGGAGCCCUGGGGGCUCUGCUCUGGGGGGCUGGGAGCCCUGGGGGGCUGGGCUGUCCCCUUCUGAGCCGCUCUGACCCCACCCCGGUCUAGGCUCUGCCUGAGUGAGAUUCUCCCCACCCAGACCCACUAACAGUGCAGCCCCGGCCCCUCCUCGUGGGGUGGAACCCAGGAGUCCUGGCUCCUCACUACCCCUCCCCCCUGCUGUCACCCCAUCCUUGGCCAGUUGCUUCGUCGCAGCCUCCUGCAUUCCAGCCCCCCUACUCCCGAGACAGGGAUGGAGGAACCUGGCCCGGCCUUCAGCCCCCCCGGCUCUGCCUCACGGGCUGCUGGCCCUCGAAUUACUGCCCCCCUCCCCUAUUGGGGGGCUAGCCGUAGCCCCUGGGCGCCCCAGAUUCCAGCCCCAAAACAGCAUCCCCAGCAUGGACUGCCCCCCUGACGGCGUGCACUCAGCGGGGAGGGGGACCCCGAUCUACACCAGGCCUGCACCGAGGGCAGCCCCCCUCUGCUGCAAGCGCUGGGGAGAGAACCCAGGAGUCCUGGCUCACAGCCCCCCCGCUCUAAUCCACCAGCCCCCACUCCCCUCCCAGAGCCGGGGAGAGAACCCAGGCGUCCUGGCUCCCAGCCCCUCCUGCUCUGACCCACCAGCCCCCACUCCCCUCCCAGAGCCGGGGAGAGAACCCCGGCGUCCUGGCUCCCUCCUGCCCCACCAUUUGCUAAUUUCUUUGUCAGUUUCCUCUCCUCUUGGGAUCUUGUUCCUGCCCCUCCAUCCCCAGGACGCCCCCAAAUGCUGCUGCCAAUGGGCAUUCCCCCCCCCCGUGGGAGAUCACCCCCCACUGCUGCUUUGGACAAAUAUCCCCUCGCUCAGCUUCACACCCCCUCCUGGUUGUGGGGGGGCCAUGCUUUGUCCCCUGUCCCCCCCCGGAACAAGGGGCCACGCUGGCAGUAUUUUUCUGAGAGAAAAGUGAAUGAUCUUUUUAAUAUAUAGAGAUGUUUUUGGCGCUGGAAAUGGUUCUCUCGAGAUCGCUCUAUAAAAUCUAUAUUGGACCUUU